AGGCGCGGGUGUCGUUUCCGGGCGGCGCCAGGGCCACGAUGUGCAAGUACAUCCACGCGCUGGACGGCUUCGAGGAGGGGUGCUCCCUGAGCAGCGUGGUGUGCACGGGGGAGCACGCCUCGACGAGCGCCUUCUCCAUCAUGCUCUUCGACUUCAGGAGGCAGUCUCCGUGCGUGGUGGACCUGCCCAUGACCUCGGCGGGCCAGCCCUCGUCCUCGAUGCUCUGGCCGCUGCGUGCGGGGCCCUCGCCGAUAGUCUAUGCGAACAUGGACACCGAGCCGCGACACGGCCCAGGCAGCAAGAUAGCGAUGAUUGAUUUCCGGUACCCGACCAUCGACUCGCAGAUGCAGCUCUGCUUCCCUGAGAGGGUGGACGACUUCCGCUGCUUCGGGGGCAGCCUCUACGCGGCCUGCUCGCUCGCGGGCGCGCGGCAGAGGCAGACCGACAUCCUCCGGUGCCGCCCGGGCGGGCCCAGAGAGGUCGAGCUGCUCCUCUCGAUGGUGGGCGCGUGCACGGCCUCGGGCCGGAGCCCCCACGAGGACCUCAAGCGUGCUGGCAGUGAGCCAGCGGGGCUUCGCCUUCUCUUACGGAGAGCACCUCCUCCUCGGCAGCGUGGCCGAGGCGAGGCGCCCCGGGCGCCUCGGCGCCCGCUGCCGCGCGGCCCCGGCGACGCCCCCGCGGUGCCCGUCGUGUCUCUGACGCCGCCGCGCGCCCCGUGCGGUCGUUCUGCGGCGCGUGCCGCGCGCCUCGUGCUCCCCCUCCUCCUCCUCCUCCUCCUCC